AUGGGAUCUCAAGACUCUUCCUGGACUCCGCACACUGUGCUGUCAACCCUCCCGCACCCGCCGGAAGAGAACGCGACAACUCCGAUUCCCUUCUUUCACUUGAUCGAGCGCCUCAAGACGACCAAGCGCGAAGGCUGGCGCCGCUUUGGUAUCAAUGGCGAGUCGAUCUCGGACCACAUGUACCGCAUGUCGAUCAUGACGAUGUUUGCCCCGCAAGAGCUGGCCUCCAAGCUCAACAUCCCCCACUGCACCAAGAUGGCGCUCAUCCACGAUAUGGCCGAGUCCCUUGUCGGCGAUAUCACCCCGGUCGAUCUGCACAUCACCAAGGCGGAGAAAGCUCGUCGCGAAGCUGAUACCAUGGACUAUAUCGUCACCACCCUGCUGGGCAGUGUUCCUGGCGCGGCAUUGUCCGCCCAGGAUGUCAGGAACAUUUUCCAGGAAUACGAGGAUAACGUUACACUUGAGGCCCAGUUCGUCCACGAUAUCGACAAGAUGGAGCUUCUGCUCCAAAUGGUCGAGUACGAGCGCACCCACAAGGUCGAUCUUUCCGAGUUCGAGCGUGUUGCUGGUCGUGUCCAGUUGCCUGAGAUCAAAGUCUGGGCUGAGCAGGUUGUCAAGGAGCGCCCGAAUCUGAAGUAA